AUGAGUGCUAUUGAAGAAAGUCAGAACAAGUGUGGCCAGAGAACAGCUUUAUCACUAUUUUUCUUACUUGAAUUGAUUGCUUAUGUUCUGAGUUGCAUCGCUCUGAUAAACCCAAGCUGGCAGUACGUAUAUCUUGAAAAUGGCCGUACAGAGCAUCACCAUGGAUUAUGGCUUGAUUGUAAACGCGAUUAUUCUCAUGAUUAUGGUCGAAGUCGUGAAUAUUACGAGACGCUGUACAGGCUUAAUAAACAACAGUCACCAUUUGAUCAAUUUUUUCUCACAUCAUUGCUUUGCGUAUACAAAUUCGAUUAUUACAUUGAUAGCGAAGAUCUCUACGAUCAUAACCAUGAUGAGAAUCGUCUCCAGGAUGAUGCCAACCAGCAUCUACUGUUAGGGUGGAAGGUAGCAUCACUAGCUGCCCUUGGAUUUGCGGCAUUAACAGCAAGUGCAGCCUUAUUGCUUUCAGUUUGCGCUUUUUGUCAUCGCACCCUUAUUUGCGCUGCUGCUGUUCUUGUCUCUGUUGCUGCCUUGCUUUCUUCUGUGGGCAUAUUGAUAUUUUACAUUUGGGCCAACCAUCAAGACAACAAUAUUAUUAAAGAAGAAGAUGGCAUUUAUCAGCAGUAUUUUGGAUGGGCACUGUAUGUGCAAAUAGCGGGGACGACGAUUCAAUUUCUUGCAUCUUUCCUAGGUUGCGUUGUUACCUCAAUGGCAUUCAAGAAAAAUCGCACUAAACUGGUGAAAAUCGAGGUGGUUGAUAAAGACAAUUCAACCUUACUUGAUCGGACAGCUUCGCUUCCUUUCAAACGUUCGUUUUCGGCAGUUUACAAACUGGACUCAUCUGACCUCCAGAAAUGGGAAAAGGAUUACACAAAUAUCGUUCAGUCAGACAGCAUCACCAAACGGCGUUCAAUAUCGGUACCGAAUUUCAAGAAGUAUCAGAGGAAAAGCCAACAUAGUUCACAAGAAAGCAAAAUCACAAAGUCCACUUCUAAUUUAUUCACGAGCACCCAUCAAUCAAACCUAAAUACUGCUUCCGAAACGUUUCCUUCAACAGCAAAAAUACCACUGCCGCUUUCAUUUCCAGUUCCAAAGUCAAUUUUAAAAGCUUCAUCAAAACAGCAUCCAACGAUGCCGAAUGCAAAUCGACGAUUAAGCGAUGAUCCUGAUUUAACGUAUGAAUACUUGCCAGGCGACUCCGUAGGAAAUUCACGAAGUACGGAAACGUUAAACAAACCAUUCAUAACCAACUCUGCUGAUACCAGUUUAAUCAAAGGUGUUCCUAGUCAACGUACCCAUUCAGGGAGUUCAAUCAAUAUCUAUGAUAAAGUGUACGAGCAAUUCACAGAUACCGCUAAAUUAUAUGAUCAUGGACAGGCGAACAGUUGUAAGAAUAUCGCGACUUCUGCUGAUAAAAUUUUAAUUUGUUCUGAGAACGAACAGGUCAGUGAUGAAGAUGUUGGAAGAAGUACACUUAUCAACGAUGUGCCCUCUUGUUCGAACGCGACAAUCACCAAAUUAACUUCCGCGAAUUCGGUCUCUGGAACGAUCACUGUACCGACUGAUUGGUGUUCAUCUACUGAUAUGCGUUACAAUCUCCCUGUCCCAUCAAAUCAUAUGGCUUCACGACGUGAUAUCGGCAAAAUAAUGGUGCAACCGAUCGCAGCAACAUCUAUUUUGCGGGACUUUCCUGUAGAACGAAAUGGGAACGCAAGUCUUCAUUUUUCGAAUGAACACACAUUGAAUCACGUUCCGAAUGAUAUUGCAAUCAACACAUUCGAUCUUGAAACAUUUAGUGGAAGAGAAAAGGAAAGAUCCAUCAAGAAUUUAACUUUACGACCACAGAAAAACGGAAGCGUUGGGGUUUUCGAACGCACUAAUAAUUCAUUAAAAUACAGUUCACUAAAUAAAUGCAUGCUUAACAAAAGAAAAGUAUCAGAUUCGAUAACAAAAACUACCUUGUCAGAAAAUAAUGGCAUGCAGACGACAUGCGACGUUAUUUCCGUCCCUUAUAUGUGUUUAGAAGAUGAAAUGGAUCGUUCCGUAGGCUCAUCGGAUACACUUGACAGUAACGCGACUGUAAAGAGUAGCGGCCAACGGCAUGAAGCACAACUGUGUUUGAAUUUAUUCAUGAAUGGUCGGGUAGCACCAUUGCUUGUCGAACAUAGUUCUGGUGUUAGCUUAGCUGAAACAAAAAAGAACGGUAUCACCACCGUAUAG